AUUAUAAAGAGUCCCCCUCCCUUCAGUCUCCCCUCACAGUGCUGCUCAGAGCCAGUGGAGACUGCUCCACUUCUUUGACUCUAGACUGAACACUGAGACGGGGGGUUUGACGUCAGCGCGGUGCACCGUAGUUCUCGUCCCUGCUGGUCGGGGUACGAGUAGGGAGCUGGUCUCACCUAACACAUGUGUCUGGGACACUCCAGUCUAUUUAUUCUAUCAAAUACACAUAGAUGCAGAUGAGCAUGAUGGACUUAUUGGAAGGAUACAAGGUCACAAGGGUGCAGGAGAUGAGGCCCGCCGCCCCGGCUGAGGGAUACGUGAAAGAGUUCACCCGCCACUCCAACGACGUGCUGCUGAACCUGAACGAGCUGCGGCACCGCAACAUCCUGACCGACGCUACCCUGGUGGUCGGCAACGUGCACCUACGCGCGCACUGUGCUGUGCUCGUGGCCUGCAGUGGCUUCUUCUACUCGAUGUACUCCCGCCGCGUGUUGCUCCAGGGGCGUGGCGGCAGCGGGGAGCAGCUCAUGACAGUGUCCCUCCCCAACUCCUUGGACCCGUCCAGCAUCUCCCUGCUGCUCGACUUCAUGUACACCUCCCGCCUCCCCCUGACACCCAUCACCGUCUCUGGGGUGCUCACCUCUGCGGCCUACCUGCAGAUGGACCACGUGGCCGACACCUGCCGGGAUUUCAUGCAGCUGCACUGCAGGGAGAACAUGAGUGCAAGACACCCUCAACUGGAGCUGGACUCCAGGGUGUCUGUAGCCUCUGUAGCCCCCCAAGGAGGGGACCUGCCCAAUCCAGGACCCCAGAGAUCACCCCCAACAGCAGUGGCAACAAGGGUCCCAGCGGAGGUCGGGGGCUCUCUCCAGCCAGGGGCUUUCCCGACCCGCCAGCCCGGGUCAAAGGAGCUGAAAGGAGAGCCCGAGUCGCCCCUCAAAGGCACCCCAUCUCCAGACAGCCCCGCCCGCUCCAGCUGCCAACCAAACUCUCCUGCAGAAUCCAACACCUGCAGCAAAAACCUUGUGAGUGAUAUCAAAGCCAUGCCGGACCCAAAGGCUUGCAAUUGGAAAAAAUACAAGUACAUCGUCCUCAACCCUUUGUGUGCAGCCGCCGCGGUGAAGGAAGAGGAGAUGGAGGAGACACAGAGUCACACAUCAUCCCCCGACAGGAUGGACUCGACUCCCAAAGCAACAGAGGCGUGGUCUGGAGAAGUGCCCGGUCAGAUUGAUAGACAGGGGCAGGCCUCCUGCUACGAGGGUUCUGGCCGAGCUCCUCCCCCCGGGCCACCCCCCUCUGUGGAUCACCCCCAGUCUGCUUCCUCAGUCUCACCCUGCACCGUUCUCCCAAACCUGCACCCCACUAGUCCAGAAGCUGCCCAACAUGCAAUCAAGCAUGAGAGCUACUAUCUGCCCUACUGUUAUUCUGGCAACCCUCAAGGAACCAAGACUGUCUGCUCAGGUGACAAGCCGUACCGCUGUAAUGUGUGCGGCGCCCAGUUCAACCGACCGGCCAACCUGAAGACUCACGCUCGCAUCCACUCAGGAGAGAAGCCUUACCGCUGCGACACCUGCGGCGCACGAUUUGUCCAGGUUGCCCAUCUGAGGGCCCACGUUCUAAUCCAUACGGGGGAGAAACCGUACCCCUGUCACACCUGUGGCACCCGCUUCCGCCACCUGCAGACCCUGAAGAGCCACCUGCGCAUCCACACCGGAGAGAAGCCGUACACCUGUGAGAAGUGUGACCUACACUUCCGCCACAAGAGUCAGCUGCGUCUUCACCUGCGCCAGAAGCACGGGGCCAUCACCAACACCAAGAUCCGCUACAAGGUCCUGACUGAGCCCUACCAGCCUCUUCUGCAGGCCUGCUGAAGACAUCUGACCUUUGACCUUUCAUUCAUCACGUCCAGCACGUUGGUCACAAUAAUCAUAUCUGUCAGAAAAUGUGAAAUUUGGUGAAUGAAUUAACUUCUGCAAUUUUAAAUGAUCAGCACCUGUUUUUUUUUUAUAUGAGGUGGUUAUUUAAAACUUUUAACGGACUGGUUAGAAGACCAGCUUCGACAUCAAAGUUAGAAUGGAUUCCAUUUGGAGAAAGAGACAUUUACAAAUGGCUUUUAGCAUUAACAUGUUGUUGGAUGAGGUUUGAAGCUUGGUGAUAAUUAUUAGUAUGAAUCUAUAAGGUUCAUUAGAAGUCCUAGGUGGCUUUUCUAAGUUGGAGAUGGUGUUAAGAAAAGGUGUUUUUGAAGGUUCGUGAAGGGAUGGAAAGAAGGGAACGAGACAUGGAGAUAUAGGUCAAAUGUUUUGGGAUGUGUGUAUACUGAAUUACUACAGAAAGAAGAAGUAUGUGACUGGUUUGGACGAAAGAUAAAGCAAGUUUUAUGAAGGAGAGGUGGAGAAUUGUGGAUUUUCUUUGGAGUAAAUUAAAUUUUAACAUUUGUUUGAAGCAUUAAAUGUGUAUUUAUCUUAUUCUCGAGGCCUGGGGCCUGCGUGUUCUUUAAAAAAACAAACAAAAUAUGCAGUGAUAUCUGCUUUUUAUAGUCCGAGCAGGCAAAGGACUUAGUCAUCUUGUACUGGAGUGUAAAAGUUAAAUAUUGUUUUCUGACAUGAGCAAUUUAAAUAAGAUGACUGUAAGCAAUUGGAUGAAUAAUAAUAAUAUUACAUGUAUGUGUAUGAGUUCAUUUGCUGGACAAAGAUGGUUUUGUACAAUCUAAAUUAAAUCAUUUUUAUAUGAAUUGGA